AUGAAAGCCGCCUGGUCACGCAUAAACAAGGCUGUAAACGGUAUGAAUACCAUCUCUUCUCUGUUGUAUAAUGAGGAGGAUGGAACUAAUGAAGGGGUGGAUCCAGAGGAGAAAAUUGUAGAUUACACAAAUUCACUAUUAGCAAAAUAUACCACAUUCAAAGUACCAAAAAUGCUUUUAUAUCGCAUUAAUACAUUAAGUGCCAUAGCUAAUGAACUAAAUGAGUCUUUAAUCAAGUUAAAAGACGGAUUUCUUUCUAAUUUAGAUGCAGAACCUAGCUUGAGGGGUAAUGAAUGGAAAUCCAUUGAUGUUGAAAUUCAGCACAUUUCGAGCGAAAUAUUGAUCGAACAAACAGAUGUAAUUUGCGCUUGUUUGGAGGUCUCCGGAGCUAUUAUUAAUUAUUUCGAUUCGAAUAUGAACCAUACACCGCCAGAUGAAGAGUUAGAAAGGAAAUAUAUGGAAACAAAAAAAGCAUAUAAUUCACUCAAUAAUGUGAUUCAAAAGAUGAAAAGUGAUUAUGAGUCAGAGAUGAUUAAAAAAAAAUCGACACUAGAAGAAACAACAUCAUCUCUCAUUGCUUCCAGGUCAAAAAUAUCUUUUCUAGAGAAGGAAAACAAAUUGCUUCGCGAUGAACUGGAAUCUACAAAGCUUACUGUAUCACAAGUGCAAAAAUCUCUGGAGAUUGCUAAUGAAUGGAACCAGGAGCUUACAAAGCGUGUUGGUGAAAUGAAGAAGGAGCUGAGUGAGAACUUGAUCAACAAGGAUAAUUACAUCGAUAAACGUAUUCUAGUGCAAAUGCUAAAGCGUGGAUCUGAAUCCAGCAAAAACGUGCAAACAGAUGAGAUUAUCGAAAUACUGUGCAGUAUACUUGGCAUUGAUAUGAAUGAAAAUAGGAGGUCGUUGACUUCUGAGUUUUUGGAUUUCCUUAAUAGAGAAGCGGGGAACGAAUCGCCAAAUGAUAAUAAUAUAAGUGAAUAA